CCACGUGGCGGGUGAGAAUAUAUUUGCUCGAACCAAAUAAAACGCCAAAAAGUCGGGAAAGUUCUGUGCGCAACUUUUUUCUUCAGCUUUGCCCAUUCGCUUUGUCUCUAGCUUUCUUUGCAAAUCAUGGCUGCCCAGGCGACGUUCAAGACCAUCAAAGCUGUCAUCCCUCUCCUCGACCGUGUUUUGGUCCAGCGGUUCAAGCCUGAAACUAAAACAGCCUCUGGCAUCUUCCUACCUUCGUCAUCAACCACUACGCCCUUACCCGAAGCGACCGUGAUUGCCGUAGGGCCUGGAGCACCUAACAAGGAUGGGAAUGUGGUUCCUACUCAGGUCAAGGCUGGGGAUCGGGUAUUGCUUCCUGGGUGGGGAGGAAAUUCGAUUAAAGUAGGGGAUGAGGAAUACUUUUUGUUCAAGGAUGCUGAGAUUCUUGCAAAGAUUCAGGAGUGAGCGCUGAGCCCGAGCGCUUGAGUGGGACGGCACGCCUUAAAACGUUUACUCAUUUACGCAUCAUCUUAUACGUUUAAUUUUUUUAUACGUUUUUGUUUUCACGCACUAUCGCAAUAUAUCUGCACGCAUCCCCGCUCUA